UAACAUAAGGCAAAACAUAUAACAAAAAAACAGACCAGUUAAAGAAAACAACAAACAAAUGUUGUUAUAUUGCAAGAAGCAUUUUUGAUGUGCGGUUAAUUACGGUUUCGACCACUUACUGACCACAUCAAUCUCUGCACACUGUACAGUACUGUACUGUACUACUUAACAGACGCACACACCCAACAACAUACACACAUUUAUUUCAUAUACUCAUCCAAACUCACAAAAUACUUAAUAAUCAGUUGCAUAAAAAACCACACAACCACAUUUUAACAUACUCAAACAUUUAACAUACAUACAAAGAUAAAAACACAUGUUCUUGCAACAAAAAAUGCAUUUACAACAUGGUUGGCCAUCAACAGCAACUGACACAACAACCAAAACGACAACUAUAACAUCAUCAUCGUCGUCAUUGCUCUUGUCAUCACUGUCAACAACGUCCUCUCCCUUCUCAUCAUCAUCAUCACCAUUGUCAGUUGUAGCAUCAAAACCUUUGAGGACAAUUACCAAAGGAAAUUUGAUGGAAAUCACAAACACAGCCAGCAGCAGCACUAGUUGCAACUCCAGCUACAAACACUCGAAACCAACAAGAACAUCAAAUCAAACAUUGCAAUUGUUACUGAAGAAAUGCCUCCUCCUACUCCUGUUGACCAUCUGUCAUACAGUACAAAUCACAAAUGCAUAUCUCAUUAUUGUACAUGAAAGUGCGCAGCCUGGCACUAUAAUAUUUAAUGCAUCCGUUUAUAAGUUGGGUUCCGAACGUCACUACAAAAUCAAUGCCCAUAAAUCGGCCCACUUUGUACAUCAUCUAGUCGCUGUCAAUCACAAGGAUGGCCAAAUUGAAUUGAAAAAGUCUCUGAAAUGUGAUGGCAUCUAUUAUCCAAAUCUAUUUACCUUCUAUGUGGAUUCCACUUCAAAUAGAUUGCGCAGCAUAGACUACUACAGCCUACCUAUACGUAUUUUUGUAUCAGGUCAUACCUGCAAUGAGGAUCGUCGUGUGGAAGAAGAAAUCCAUGCCAGGCACUAUGAGGAGGAAGACACAGGGUAUUCGAGACGAAGAAAGAGAAGAGAUUUGGAUCCUUUGGGUAGUAGUAGUAGUAAAUCGGAGAAUAUUAUUAAUUUAUUAACCUCCAAUUCUCUAGAUCUCUAUAAUCACAAUCAUUCGCGUAAUGAUUUUCGCGAAGGUGAUUUAAUAUUUGGCGAUGCCUAUGACAAUGAAAUGCGCCAUCGUAUUUUGUCGCGCAAGCGUCGUGGUUUUGGAGAUGGCGAUCCCUUCAUCAUAGAAACAAAUCUACAUCGGCGCAUCACCGAUGCUAAGCAAUGGAUUUCCGAGACCUAUGCCUCUUAUGCCAUACACACCACCGACAAAUGGAAUCAAAUUUGCCUGAGAAAGUCCCAGUUUAUCAAUAAUUUAAAUGCAUUUUUACCGCGUUCGAUAUGCCAGCACUGUAAAGUGAAUUUUUUGGAUGUUAAUGAUGAACGUUUUGCCAUAGAACAUCAGAAUCGUGAUUUAGUGGCCAGUCGUGAUGUUUGCAUACAUGAGUCCAUGUGGAAGGUCAGCAUAACCUUUAAUAUACGCUGUGAUCGUAAUGAUAUUGUGGACUCGGAUCAUCGUUUGAAGAUUGUGUAUCAUCAUCAGGAAUUCAAUGAUACCGAUAUAGCCAAAAGAGUUAGAAGAGAGCUGAGAAAUCAAUCGCCUUUCUUUGAGCAGGCUUUGUAUGUGGCUUCGGUGCUGGAAGAACAGCCAGCUGGUUCAACGGUCACCACCGUGAGGGCUAGAGAUCCUGAGGAUUCGCCGGUAGUUUAUUCCAUGGUUUCCCUGCUGGAUUCUCGUUCUCAGUCUUUGUUUAAGGUGGAUUCUCAUACUGGUGUGGUAACCACUUCGGCCAGUUUGGAUCGAGAAUUAAUGGAUGUUCAUUAUUUUCGUGUGGUGGCUACAGAUGAUAGUUUUCCUCCACGUUCUGGUACCACUACGUUGCAGGUAAAUGUUUUGGAUUGCAAUGAUCAUAGUCCCACAUUUGAGGCCGAGCAAUUUGAGACCUCCAUACGCGAGGGAGCCACUGUGGGUUCCACGGUUAUCACUCUAAGGGCAACAGAUCAAGAUAUAGGUAAAAAUGCCGAAAUUGAAUAUGGCAUAGAAAGCGUUACCGAUGGUACUGGUACCUUGCAAGACCAGGAAAUACCCAUAUUCCGCAUAGAUGCCCGCAGUGGUGUUAUUGCUACACGCACUUCCUUGGAUCGUGAAACUUCGGAUAGUUAUAAUAUUGUGGUUACUGCUUCGGAUAUGUCGUCGGCUCAAAGUGAGCGCAAGACAGCCACAGCCAGUGUGUUAGUAAAAAUCCUGGACGACAAUGAUAAUUAUCCGCAAUUUAGUGAACGCACCUAUACAGUCCAAGUACCCGAAGACCGCUGGGGUGAUGAUAAUGUUGUGGCUCACAUAAGAGCCACCGAUGCCGAUCAGGGCAAUAAUGCCGCCAUACGUUAUGCCAUUAUUGGUGGCAAUACACAGUCACAAUUUGCCAUUGAUUCCAUGAGCGGUGAUGUUAGUUUGGUUAAGCCAUUGGAUUAUGAAAGUGUACGCAGUUAUCGUUUGGUUAUACGUGCCCAGGAUGGUGGUAGUCCCUCGCGAAGUAAUACCACCCAAUUGCUGGUGAAUGUGCUUGAUACGAAUGAUAAUGCUCCGCGUUUUUAUACCUCUCAGUUUCAAGAAUCGGUUUUGGAGAAUGUUCCGGUGGGUUAUAAUAUUAUACGUGUGCAGGCCUAUGAUUCGGAUGAGGGUGCCAAUGCAGAGAUACAGUAUAGUAUUUUGGAAAGAGAUGAUAAUUUUCCUUUGGCCGUUGAUUCACGCACCGGUUGGAUUCAAACCAUUAAGCAAUUGGAUCGUGAAGAGCAAAGUCGUUUUGCCUUCCAGGUUAUAGCUAAAGAUGGCGGUAUACCUCCCAAAUCGGCCAGCUCCACGGUUGUGAUUACAGUACAAGAUGUCAACGACAAUGAUCCGGUGUUCAAUCCCAAGUAUUAUGAAGCCAAUGUAGGUGAAGAUCAGCCGCCUGGGACGCCUGUAUGUACAGUCACCGCUACUGAUCCCGAUGAAGAUUCCCGUUUGCAUUAUGAAAUAACUUCGGGCAAUACCAGAGGACGUUUUGCGAUAACAUCACAGAAUGGCCGAGGUCUCAUAACGAUAGCCCAGUCUUUGGAUUAUAAACAAGAGAAGAGGUUUUUGUUAACAAUAACCGCCACAGAUUCGGGUGGUAGAGCCGAUACCUCAACUGUUAAUAUUAAUAUAACAGAUGCCAAUAAUUUUGCUCCGAUCUUUGAAAACGCUCCUUACAGUGCUUCGGUAUUUGAGGAUGCUCCCAUUGGCACAACUGUUUUAGUAGUUUCAGCCACCGACAGCGAUGUUGGUAUUAACGCCCAAAUUACUUACUCUUUAAAUGAAGAAAACAUCAAUGGUCUAAGCAGUCCAGAUCCAUUUUCCAUUAAUGCACAAACCGGUGCUAUUGUAACAAAUGCCGUAUUGGAUCGUGAGACCACAAGUGGCUAUCUAUUAACUGUUACCGCCAAGGAUGGUGGUAAUCCUUCCUUAAGUGACACCACCGAUGUGGAGAUAAGUGUUACCGAUGUCAACGAUAAUCCUCCUCAAUUUAAGAAUCCUUUGUAUCAGGCUUCCAUAUUGGAAGAUGCUUUGGUGGGUACUUCAGUUUUGCAAGUUUCGGCCUCUGAUCCUGAUAUUGGUUUAAAUGGUCGCAUCAAGUAUUUGCUAAGUGAUCGUGAUGUGGAUGAUGGUUCCUUCGUUAUAGAUCCCACAUCGGGUACCAUAAGAACCAACAAGGGUUUGGAUCGUGAAAGUGUGGCCAUAUAUCAUCUCACUGCCAUAGCUGUAGAUAAAGGAUCUCCGCCCAUGUCCAGUACGGUAGAGGUUCAAAUACGUUUAGAGGAUGUCAAUGAUUCACCACCCACUUUUCCCUCAGAUAAAAUAACCUUGUAUGUGCCAGAGAACUCUCCGGUGGGCUCAGUUGUAGGCGAAAUACAUGCUCACGAUCCCGAUGAAGGUGUAAAUGCUGUGGUUCAUUAUUCCAUCAUAGGAGGCGAUGAUUCCAACUCUUUUUCUUUGGUUACCAGACCAGGCUCCGAAAGGGCUCAAUUGCUUACAAUGACGGAACUGGAUUAUGAAUCCAAUCGCAAACGCUUUGAAUUGGUCAUACGAGCUGCCAGUCCUCCUCUACGUAAUGAUGCUCAUGUUGAGAUUUUGGUUACCGAUGUCAAUGAUAAUGCUCCUGUCUUAAGAGAUUUCCAAGUUAUCUUCAACAAUUUCCGUGAUCAUUUUCCCAGUGGUGAUAUUGGCAGAAUACCCGCCUUCGAUGCAGAUGUCAGUGACAAGCUUACCUAUCGCAUUCUAUCGGGAAACAAUGCCAACUUGAUAAGAUUAAAUCAAACUAGCGGUGGAUUAAGUCUUAGUCCCCAACUCAAUACUAAUGUACCGAAAUUUGCCACCAUGGAGGUAUCCGUAACGGAUGGUAUUAAUGAAGCCAAGGCCAUUAUGCAAUUAGCCGUACGCUUGAUCACCGAAGAUAUGCUGUUCAAUUCGGUAACGGUGCGUUUAAAUGAAAUGACCGAGGAAGCUUUCCUGUCGCCUUUGCUGAAUUUCUUUCUGGAUGGUUUGGCAGCCAUUAUACCCUGUCCUAAGGAGAACAUUUUCAUAUUCUCCAUACAAGAUGAUACAGAUGUGACAUCCCGCAUACUAAAUGUCAGCUUUUCAGCCAAAAGGCCAGAUGUGUCGCAUGAGGAGUUCUAUACACCUCAGUAUUUGCAGGAACGAGUUUACUUAAAUCGUGCCAUAUUAGCUAGAUUGGCCACAGUGGAGGUUUUGCCUUUCGAUGAUAAUCUCUGUGUUAGGGAACCCUGUUUGAAUUUUGAAGAAUGCCUGACAGUCCUAAAAUUCGGCAAUGCUUCUGAUUUCAUACACAGUGAUACUGUACUGUUCCGGCCUAUUUAUCCCGUAAAUACGUUUGCCUGUUCUUGUCCCGAAGGAUUUACGGGCAGCAAAGAGCAUUAUCUAUGUGAUACCGAAGUGGAUUUAUGCUAUUCCGAUCCGUGUGAAAAUGGUGGCUCCUGUGUAAGACGUGAGGGUGGCUAUACAUGUGUUUGUCCGGCUUCCCAUACAGGCCUUAAUUGUGAAACGGAUAUUAGAAAAUUGAAACCCUGCAUGUCAGACAUAUGUGAGGGUGGUUUGUCCUGUAUGAAUAACUAUUUGAGCUCACAACCACCCCCCUAUACAGCAACCUGUGAAUUACGUUCGCGUUCAUUCUCACGCAACUCUUUUCUCACCUUUGAAAGUCUAAAGCAACGUCAUCGUUUCAAUGUAAAAUUACGCUUUGCCACCGUCCAUGAGAAUGGUUUGCUGCUGUACAAUGGCCGUUACAAUGAGCUGCAUGAUUUCAUAGCUUUGGAAAUAGUGCAGGGUUAUGUUUCGUUUUCGUAUUCUUUGGGAGAUCGUAUCGAAAAGGUGUCAAUAGUGCAACAUUCUAAGGUGUCAGAUGGCCAGUGGCAUGAAGUGGAGGUGGUGUAUUUAAAUCGUACUGUCACCUUAAUGUUGGAUAACUGUGACACUGCCAUAGCAUUGGCUGGUGAUUUGGGAGAGCGUUGGAAUUGUGCCAAUCAAACUACUUUGAAAUUGGAUAAAAAAUGUUCCUUGCUAACGGAAACAUGUCAUCGUUUUCUGGACUUAACCGGGCCUCUGCAAGUGGGUGGUUUACCCAGAAUUCCUGCCCACUUUCCCAUAGAAAAUCAGGACUAUGUUGGCUGUAUAUCCGACCUGCGCAUAGAUGAACGUUUUAUAGAUUUAAAUUCCUACGUUGCGGAUAAUGGCACUAUAUCAGGUUGCCCCCAAAAGAAUUCAUUAUGUUCUUCGGAGCCCUGUUUCAAUGGUGGUGUGUGUCGCGAAGGCUGGAACAUCUACACAUGUGAGUGUCCGGAAGGAUAUGCUGGCAAUCAAUGCCAAGAUACCAUACCUGCACCUUGGCGUUUCUCAGGCGAUGGCAGCUUAAGUUUUAAUCCAUUGCUACGUCCCAUACAACUACCAUGGAUCACUUCGUUGUCGCUGAGAACGCGACAAGAAAAUGCCUUUCUUAUACAAAUACAAAUAGGUCAGAAUAGUUCUGCCGUUAUCUGCUUAAAGAGUGGCAUAUUAUAUUAUAUUUUGGAUAAUGAACCCAUGUUUCUGGCUGGAGCUUAUUUGUCGGAUGGUGAAUGGCAUCGUAUUGAAAUCAAAUGGCUGAGUUCUGAGUUGCAAUUUUCCGUGGACUUUGGUCAACGUGUGGGCACUGUGCCCAUAUCGCAGAAAAUACAAGGUCUGUAUGUGGGUAAAAUAGUGAUUGGAAAUGCUGACAGCUCCAUAGGCCAAGUGGGUGACCUCUUGCCUUAUGAGGGUUGCAUUCAAGAUGUUCGCAUUGGGGCUGCUCAAUCGGUUUUGUCUCGACCAACCAUUCGGGAGAAUGUAGAAGAUGGUUGCAUAUCGAAAGCUGAAUGUCCUCAAUUUUGUCCCAGUCAUUCAACUUGUACCACCUCGUGGGAUCAGUCGAAAUGUGAAUGUCUACCAGGUUAUGUGGGUGCAGAAUGUCUACCGAUUUGCACGGUAAAGCCUUGUGCCGCUGGUAUAUGUCGCGCCAAUGUUAACGACUUUCGUGGAUAUCAUUGUGAAUGUAAUUCUACAUACCAGCAUGGAGAAUAUUGUGAGAAGACCGUGCAACAGCCCUGCCCCGGUGGAUGGUGGGGUGAGAAAGUAUGUGGACCCUGUAAAUGUAAUGUUAAGCAAGGCUACCAUCCUGAUUGCCACAAGACUACGGGUCAAUGCCAUUGCAAAACGAAUCAUUAUCAACCAAUCAAUGAAACGGCUUGUAUACCUUGUGAUUGUUAUUCAAUUGGCUCCUUCAAUAGUGCUUGUAAUCCUCUGACGGGACAGUGUGAGUGCCGCGAGGGAGUUAUAGGCAGAAGAUGUGAUUCUUGUUCCAAUCCUUAUGCCGAAGUAACUCUCAAUGGUUGCGAAGUAGUCUAUGAUUCCUGUCCUCGUUCAUUUGCUGCCGGAGUAUGGUGGCCUCGUACCCCUCUGGGAAGUACUACCGUUGAAAAUUGUCCCACUCCCGCCAAGGGCAAAGGUCAAAGAAACUGUGAUAAUUUGUCGGGAGGUUGGAAUAUGCCCGACAUGUUUAAUUGUACUUCCGAACCUUUCGUGGAACUACGCAAACAAUUGUCGCAACUGGAAAAAAUGGAAUUGGAACUCAACUCGUUUGUGGCCAUCAAGGCGGCAGAAAAUUUGCAAAAAGCCUGCAUCAUAGUCGAUCGCACAAAAGUCCACAAAAAACCAUUAGUAAAAGAUCAUCGUCGUUAUAAGAUGGAGUCUUCAUUCUUGCUGAAUGAAAACAACAAUGUAUGGUCCAACGAAAUAGAAAUGGAAUAUCUUUCGGAUGAAAUGAAAUUUUCUCAUGAUCGUUUGUAUGGAGCCGAUUUGCUGGUAACCGAGGGUUUGCUGCAAGAGCUAAUCAACUAUGAGCUAAUGCAAAAUGGUUUAAAUCUAACGCAUUCACAGGACAAAUACUUUAUUAAGAACUUGGUGGAAGCGGCCAGUGUUAUAUUGGAUCGUAAAUACGGCCAAGAAUGGAAGAGAGCUACGGAAUUAAUUCAGCGUGGUCCAGAUGAUCUGUUGGAUGCUUUCAACAAGUACAUGGUCAUUUUAGCCAGAUCCCAGCAUGACACCUAUACCAAUCCAUUUGAAAUUGUACAACCAAAUAUGGCAUUUGGUUUGGAUAUUGUUACCAUGGAAUCACUGUUUGGCUAUGAACCCGAACAGCUGAGUGAAUAUCACAAGACCAAAUAUCUGAAACCGAAUGCCUUCACCACUGAAAGCGUUAUACUGCCCGAUACUAGUGCUUUCUUGCAGCAUUCGGCUAAACAAAAACCGGUUAUAACUUUCCCCAAAUACAAUAAUUAUAUACAAGAUAAGACAAAGUUUGAUAAAUACACCAAAGUGUUGGUACCCCUGGAUAUGUUGGGCAUUUCACCACCCGAAAGUAAUGAGGUCUCGCAUGGCUCCAGUGAUUAUAAGGCCAUCGUUUCUUAUGCUCAAUAUAAAGAUGUGGGUCAGUUAUUGCCCGAUAUGUUUGAUGAGACUAUUACACGAAGAUGGGGUGUGGAAAUUGAAGUAGCUUCACCCAUACUCUCACUGGCCAUUUUAGUGCCUUCGACAGAAGCCGAGGAGAAACGUAUUGAAAUACCCUAUCGCAAGAUAUCAUCACAAAAGACUUUCUCGGCAACCGGUUCAUCCGAGCAGGAAUUCAUUGAGGUAUUUGAUGUGCCCAAGAAACCAGGAAAAUCUUCCGGUUCGUCGGCAUCAGCCAGCGAAGAGCAUAUGAUAGAAAAUAUACGCAUAACAGCUCAUGAAAUACCACCACCUUCCUCUAGAGCCGUGGACAGCAAUGAGGCCGUGGAAAUAGAUGAUCCCGAACAGCCACACCUCAAGGUUAGAUUUGAUGACAAUAUAGAAUUUCAUGGAAAUUCCGGCGAAGAAGUUAUAGACUCGCCGGAGGACAUGAAUGGCAAUAGCAACAAUAACAACAACUACGAAGGCUCCCUGGAGCAUGAAGAUUCCGUAGAGAAAGGAGAAAAUGAAGCAUUUUAUCGCAAUCGCCGUUUGGUUAAGCGUCAAGUGGAAGUCAUCUAUCCCAACGAACAACAACAGCAAAGCAAACACAUCACCUACAGAUCAUUGGGUUCACCACAUCUCUCGCAACCCAUUAAACUACAAAUGUGGCUGGAUAUCGAUGUUACGCGCUUUGGACCGCGCUCCAAUCCACAAUGUGUACGCUGGAAUUCCUUCACCAAUCAAUGGACACGUUUGGGCUGUCAAACCGACAUACCCGACUAUGAGAACAUGCACCUGCUGCCCCCACAACCCAUACUCGUCAACUGCACCUGUACACACAUCUCCAACUAUGCUGUCAUUGUUGAUGUCAUCGAUCCGGAAGACAUACCAGAACCCUCCCUACUCGUACAAAUCACUUCAUAUUCAGCGUUCUUGGUAUCGCUGCCCGUUCUACUGGGCGUUUUGGUUGCAUUGGCUUUACUACGUGGCCAGCAGACCAACUCCAACACCAUUCACCAGAAUAUAGUGCUGUGCGUGUUCUUUGCCGAAUUACUGUUCUUUGUGGGAAUGCAAUCACGACGUAAUUUGCUUGAAAAUGAAUUCCCUUGCAAGCUGAUUGCGAUUUGUUUGCAUUACUUCUGGUUGGCGGCAUUCGGCUGGACGACGGUUGACUGUGUUCAUUUGUAUCGCAUGCUAACGGAGAUGCGUGAUAUUAAUCAUGGUCCGAUGGGUUUCUACUUUGCAAUGGGUUAUGGUGCGCCGGCCAUCGUUGUCGGCCUAUCGGUAGGCGUGCGAGCACACGAGUAUGGCAAUAGUCUGUUCUGCUGGCUGUCAGUAUAUGAACCAGUUGUAUGGUGGCUGGUGGGACCCAUUGCCGGCAUGUCGGUUGUUAAUCUUUUGAUACUCUUCGUCUCUGUUAAGGCAGCUUUCACUUUAAAGGAUCAUGUACUUGGUUUUGGCAACUUGCGUACGUUAUUGUGGCUAUCGGUUGUCUCCUUACCCCUAAUGGGUGUUAUGUGGGUGUUGGCCGUACUGGCUGCCUCGGAGAGUUCACAACUCUUGAGUAUGUUGCUGUCCGGAGUGGUGGUACUGCAUGCCAUAUUCUGCCUAGUGGGCUAUUGUAUCAUAAACAAGAGGGUAAGAGAGAAUUUGCAAAGAACAUUUUUAAGAUGCAUGGGUAGGAAAGUACCUUUAUUAGACUCCUCAAUGGUGGUGAGUAAUAGUUCACAUAAUGUGAAUGGCACAACUAGGCCGAAUAACUUUCUCAAUGCCAAUGGCUAUGAUACACAACGACGAAACGUGGGUAUAAGUGUUUCGAGCACUACCUCCAGGAGUACGGCCAAGACUAGUUCUAGUCCCUACAGUGAUGGUCAACUAAGGCAAACAUCUACCUCGACCUCCAAUUACAAUUCGAACAGUGAUGCUCCCAGUUUCUUAAGAGGUUUCGAUUCAUCUACCACCAGCGGCCAGCAUGAACGCAAAUCCCGAAGACAUAGAAAAGAUUCUGAUUCAGGUUCCGAAACAGAUGGCAGAUCUUUGGAAUUGGCUUCCAGCCACUCUAGUGAUGAUGAUGAAUCCCGAACAAAUCGUUCUUCUACAACCGGUACCGGCACUAGUACCCAUCGUAGUACGGCGGUUAGCAUAACUCCCUCCUUCUUGCCCAAUAUCACUGAACAUGUACAAGCCACCACACCGCCCGAGCUAAAUGUGGUACAAAGUCCUCAGCUGUUUCCCAGCGUAAAUAAACCAGUCUAUGCUCCACGCUGGUCUAGUCAAUUGCCAGAUGCUUAUAUGCAGCCUCCCGCCAAUAUGGGUAGAUGGUCUCAAGAAACCGGUUCGGAUAAUGAACACAUACAUCAUGGACAAAAAAUGACAAUAUCACCGAAUCCUCUACCUAACCCCGAUCUCACCGAUACUUCUUACCUGCAGCAACAUCACAAUAAAAUCAAUAUGACUCCCUCGAUAUUGGAAAACUUACAAAAUGCCCGCACCACUGACAGUUACGAUGGCUUGGAGCGAGAAAGUUUGUAUGGCCGUCGUCCGGACAAUUAUGUGCAAUAUGAAGGCAUAACAUCAAAUAUCAGCAACUACAAGCCACCCAGCCACUAUGGCAGUGAACAGGACUACAAUGGCAGCUCCAAUGGCAAUCAGAGUAAUGGCAGCAGUGGCCCCAGCAAUGCUGCAAAUGGCAAUGGCGGCACCAAUGGUGGCGGCACACAAAUUGUCAAUCAUAUGCGUACCUUUCACAAUGACAACGCCUACUUGAGCGAUAGUAUUUAUGAUAAACAGCGUACAAUAGGCUCUCCCUACAUGUCCAAGGAUCGCAUAGCUCCCGAUAUCUAUGGCUCUCGUGAGAAUCACUACAGUCUGAAAAAGCAGCCACCCAUUUAUGCCGGUGACUCGCUACAUUCCGUACACUCAUUGCUGCGCAACGACUACCAGCAGCAGCAAAGACAUUUGCAACAACAUCCCGAUCAUCAUUCGGAUCGCAUGUCCGAGGGUUCAGAUAAGAAUGGUUAUCACUUUCCCUACACAGCCGAAGAGGAUCAUUUGUCGUCGGCACGUAAACUGAGUUUACAACACAAUCAAUCACCUGCCUUACAUAGUUCUCAGCAAAUACUUAAUGGCCAUCAACAUCAUCAUCCCCAUCAUGCGGGCAUGGUGAAUGAUAUUAAUAAUCCGGGUCUAAUGAAUAGACACACAUUGAAUGGUUCACGGCACAGUUCGAGAGCAUCAUCGCCUCCUUCGUCUAGUAUAGUGGCACCAAUGCAACCAUUAGCGCCUCUCACUAGUAUAACGGAUACAGAUUCUUGGUCUUGGGAACGCUUAAAGAAAAUCUAAUCAUAAACUUUGUUCCGUUUAUUUUUUUUUCUUUUCUUCUACUCUGUAUUCUUCCGUUUUCAUAACACGUUUUAAUGUGUACGGGGAUGUGUGUGUGUG